AUGCUGACUCAGUAUGAAAUCGAGUACCGACCGAGACCAGCUAUAAAGGGUCAAGCUCUGGUAGAUUUCUUGGUCGAGUGUACCGUUCGGGAGACACGACCCUCGGUGGUCGAGGAUCCUGAGGCGGCAUGGUGGUCGUUGGCCACCGAUGGAUCGAGCAGCAAGAAAGGAGCAUGUGGGGGAGUCGUAAUUACAAGCCUGAAGGGUUUCAAAGUCUACUAUGCAUUGAUGUACCAGUUCCACCCAACCAACAAUGAAGCCGAGUAUGAGGCCUUUGUCAAUGGCCUACAGUGCGCUCGAGAUUUGGGGGCUGAAUACAUCCGGGCUCAGACUGACUCUGCACUAGUGGUCGGACAGGUCUUGGGCGACUACGAAGUCAACGGAGAGCGGUUACAAGCAUACCGAGAUCUCGCCAUGGAGAAGCUGACCAUGUUUCGGGGGUACACCGUUCAUCAUGUUCUCCGACUAGACAAUGCUGAUGCUGACAUCUUAUCUAAGUUGGCACAAGAUGCCCCGGAACACAUGUCCAAGAUAGCUCGGAUCCUGAUGAUCCCGAGGCAUAGCAUACACCGAUUGCAGGUCGCACCUAUCCAGCCGGCCGAGGAAACUUGGAUUUUGGAUUUAAUGGAAUAUCUCCAGCAUGGUCGGUUACCAGACGACCCUCAGCGCGCCCGGAAGGCCAAGUUAAGAGCACCAAGGUUUCAAGUUCAGGAAGGCCGAUUGUAUAGGCGGUCGUAUGGAGGUCCAUUGAUGCGUUGUUUGACUUCAAUCGAAGCGGACCUUGUGAUGAAGGAAUUGCACUCGGGCAUUUGCUCGACGUAUCAAGGAGGUCGGUCACUCGCUCACCGCAUUAUGGUGAUCGGGUACUAUUGGCCAUCUAUUCAGCUUGAUUGUGAAAAGCUUGCAAGAGAGUGCGAGACAUGCCAGUUAUAUGCUCGAAUGCCUGGACGACCGGCCACGUUCUAUCAGCCGGUCAUGACCGCAAUUCCUUUUGCUCGUUGGGGGGUAGACAUUUUGGGACCUUUCCCACAGUUAGCCGGUCGGAGGCGUUUCGUCAUCGUGGCUAUCGAUUAUUUCUCCAAAUGGAUCGAGGCUGAACCCUUAGCCACGAUCACUUCACAACAAUGCGCCAGGUUUCUAUGGCGGAAUGUUAUCUCCCCGUUCGGUGUGCCCGUUCAUCUGAUCAGUGAUAACGGCCGGCAGUUCGUAAACCAGUAUUUCCAGAAUUUCUUAGCAACGAUCGGGACAACCUCAAUCUGA